UUUUAUUAUAACAGAAUUUAUUAAAUAUUAACGCUUGCAGAUUAUGUAACGGACAAAAGAGCUUUGUAUUGUUUAAUUACAAUUGUAUUCAUAUUGUGCAAUAUGGAAUAUUAUAUUUUACAAAUUGUUUUUAUUCUUGCUGAGUUGUAUGGCAUAGAUGGUGAGACAUGCAAGUUCACAAACGGUACAGUGAGUCGGACGUGUCAAGAUGGCUGCUGUUCUGUCGACACUUGCUGCGAUGCACCAUUUUGGACAUGGGGUCGAGUGAUUGGUGUCGUGGUAGCAGUUAUUGUGGGUAUUAUACUGAUCGUGCUGCUGGUCAUGCUGUGUAUUUACUGCAAGAAGAAAAAGACACUCGCUGGACGUCUACACCACACUGUGUCCAUGCGAUCUCAGAACAUCAUCUAUCCCAUGAUGCAUCACCCACAUCUUCCACCAGAUUACGAUGAACCACAGUCUAAUCCGAGUGGAGGUCCCGGACCACCUGUGUAUGAUGAUAGACCUCCGCCAGCAUACGAGGCAGUUGUCCCCCCUGGCCAUCGGCAACCAAAGAUCUCACAGAUUGAACCAGGCAUUGCAAACAACUACAGGACAAACAGAUGAUGAAUAUACCCAGACCACCAAAUGAAAUUCCCAGACCACCAUAUGAAAUACCCAGACCACCAAUAAACAUAGAAGGGUCACUUCCAGACUAUUUAGAUCUCACAAUUCAUAUAAAUUCACCUACAGGAAAAUAUAAUCACAUCUUAUUAUCUCCCAUAGUUAUCUCCAGCCCCAGAUCUCACAUACUGAAUCAGUUGUUUACAACAGGUGCAGGGGUAAACAUGAUGUAAUACCCAGACAACCAGCAAUCAAAAAAGGUCAUCUCUUGGGCUCCAGAUUACUUAUUUGGAUCUCACUGUCAUGUGAUCUCCGACAAGAAGAAAAAAAUACAGCUAUUGCUAUAGGUCUUCCUUAGUUAUCUCCAGGCCCAAUUCUUCUGUUGAUAAUCAGCAGUCUCCAAAAGCUGCAUGGAAAACACUGAGUAUUUGAAAUGAUGGGGAAAAUUACUCAAGAUGGAAAAGAUUGUUGUCUCCCCUAGAUUUCUCUUGCUAUAGAUCCCACAUACAAGUACAUGUACUGGACAAAACAUUGCAAUCUAAUAAACCACCUUGAUAACCAGUGAUCACCAUCAGACUAUUCAGAUCUCAUUAAGACAACUCCAACAGGAACAAAGAAUUACAGCUAUUUGAGGUUGUUUCCCCUAGUAUUCACACAAGCUGCCCAAAAUCUCACAACCUGACCCGGAAAUACCUAACAGCUUCAGGGGAAACAAAUGAACGCAACAAGUUUCCGAUACAAAGGGACUUCAACAUACUAUGAAUGUCAGUCUAUUCCCUUCAUGAUUAAACUCAACCCUUUUCAAAAACUUGGAAAAUAAUUUGAGCUUUCUGUCACCUUUGAUUUCCUGAAUCGCACAAAUGGUCUUCAAUAACUACAUGAUAACCACAUGAAAAAGCCAAAUCGUUAUCCAGAACUAUCUAUUACAAUAAAAGGGUUCUCUUACAUCGUACACCAAGCCCAACUCAAUUUAAUAUUUGCUUUAUGGAUUUGGUCGCAAAAAUAAAUUGGUAGCAAGGGGGGUAGGGGGAUAAAAGAACAAUCUGUUUGUUAUGUUUAAAAAUAUGAGUAGGUAGGUGUAACCAAUACUAUUUCGAUACCUAAAUAGUUAAUAUGAAGAAUGUAAAUACUGACCAGUUAUAAGUUUAUUCUCUUUUGUAAGUAAAAUGUUAAGGAAAUACCCAACGAAGUGCAGGAAUGUCCGAUCAGGUGACGUCAAAAGAAGUUUAUAUUACUGUUUAAAUUUUCUUGAAAUUGUCAGACAUAAAUCUGAAAAAUAGACGCUGCUAUGGUAACCCAACAAAUGAAAUAUUUACUUGGCAAUUUUUUAGGAACAAAACUUAUAAUUUGUUCUAUAACAGGCAAAUGUUAGAGCAACAAUUAACAUGACAUUUAUGUCAAGUUUUAUAUAUUAAUAAUUACUGAGUUAUUGUUACUUAGAUUUUCUAGAUAUACAACAUUGUAUUAUAUCAUUGUAUUGUAUCAUACAUUAUUUAAAUUUGUUUUGUUUUGUGAUUGUUUUUUGUUAUAAAUUUAUUAUUAUGAAUAAAAGUAAAACUAGA